AUGCCGUCAACACAUUUGAACCUGCGUGAAGAUGAUGUUAUUCGUCUGGCACUCGAGUUCCUCCACAACCGCGAUCUACAUAUCACGCAGCUGUCUCUAGAGCGUGAAACCGGCGUCAUAAAUGGCAAUUACGCUGAUGAUGUGCUCUUUCUGCGUCAACUUAUUCUUGAUGGGCAAUGGGACGAUGUCCUCGAGUUCAUCCAACCGCUCAGCACUCUAAAAGCUUUCGAAGCCAACAAAUUCAACUAUGCUAUAUUACGCCACAAGUACAUAGAGCUGCUAUGCAUCAGAUCCGAAAUCAAAGCCUACAACAAUGUAGAAAAUAUUGUUGACGAAGUGGUAAAGGUUUUAAGCGACUUGGAGAAGAUAGCGCCUUCGAAGGAGGAAUACUCAAAUCUUUGCCUGCUACUCACCCUUCCAAGUAUAACUGAUCAUGCCCAAUUCAAGAAAUGGAAUCCUAGCAAUGCUAGAGUGCAGUGUUUUCGAGAGGUUUAUCCCCUGGUUGAGGCAUUUUUACCUUGCGACAAGAAAUCCAGUGGCACCGUGUCCAAAUGUGCAAAAAACGAUCGCUUGAUGCAAUUACUUAUCAAAGGCAUCUUAUACGAGUCAUGUGUUAAUUACUGUCAAGCGAAAGCGACGGGCUCGAAGGAGGCGCAAUCAAACGAGGUAAACUUUUCCCGUCUGCUCGACGGGUCGGGAUUUGAUGAAUCCGACCUGAGUUUGCUCUCCUGGCUGCAGUCGAUCCCUGCGGAAACGUUCAGCGUACCUUUCGAGCAACGGAUGCUCAACGUGGACGUGGAGAAGUUGGACCGUCCCUCAUUGCACACCUCGUGGACCGAACACAUGCUUGUCACGCCCAUAAAGCCCCGGACGUUCCCGCACCUGGCGAUGCCGUUCAGGCGGCCGCGCUCCGCCGCCGACGCGAUGACCAGAUCGCUGCGACCGCUGCCCGACGGCGCGCCACGGCACCCCGCCGUGAUGGCCCUCUCCGCCAUCGACUACGGCCCGUCGUCCUCGUGCUUCGCGGGCUUCCACCUGACCGGCAUAAAGGGCAGCAAGCUCAUGAACACAUCGGUGGACCGCCUGUUUGACAACAAGAACGGGGAGAGCAUUUACAACGGCCUGAACGAGUCGCUGCGGCCCAUCGACGAGCAGCUGAAGCCAAUCGGCGAGCUACCGUCGAAGGCGAACGAGGCGAGCAGCGUCGGCGCUUCGAACGCCACCACACCGGAGCACAGGGGGCAUGACUAUUCCGCCUCCACGUCCAUAUCUACCACGGCCGCCUCAACGGAGCGCUCGUCCCUCGCCGAACGCGCGCCGCAGCAAACCGAAACGCAGGCCCUGUUGCCCGCCGCCGAAGGGGACUUCCGACGGGAGCUGCUGAAGGAGUACCAGAUACAGAAGCAGCGCGAGUGCGACGACUACCUCCGCAACCUUUGCUCAUCUGAAUUGCGACCGCAGAAACCGUUGGAACAGGCCGUCGAAGCGGCAUCGGGCUUCCCGUCGUCAAUCAAGUAUACGCAACAAGUGAAUCCCGAAGGUGUGCCAGAAUCAAAUCAAAUCAUGAGGAAGGCGGAGAUGGCCGAUAUGACGGACUCGACGGACGUUAUUAAUAUCGGCGAGGUUGCUCUAUGCGCGAGGCUCAUUGCUGAGAGUCGGGAUUCGAUUCCAGUC